AGUGCUAGAACGCUGGAGUUUGCACUGUAUCCAGCGCAGACACCUAAACAAGUGGGGUUUGUUCUAUUAAGAGGUGCCUUUUUGUACAUCUGAGAAACUACCGAUGUAAUUGUAAAAGAAAAGGAAUAUUUAAAGGACUGAGCCUAGAAAACACUCAGAAUAGUACGCUGCGGCUGAAAAAUGGAUAUUCUAAAGCAUCAAGUUAUGAUAAAUCAAUUUGUCCUGGCUGCAGGAUGCGCAGCAGACCAGGCAAAACAACUAUUGCAAGCGGCACAUUGGCAGUUUGAGACUGCACUUAGUGCCUUCUUUCAAGAAACCAAUAUUCCAUAUGGUCGCCAUCAUCAAAUGAUGUGCACUCCAGCCAACACACCAGCAACACCCCCAAACUUCCCAGAUGCACUUACAAUGUUCUCUCAUCUGAAGACUUCAGAAAGCUUCAACAGCACUAGUCCCCUGGCCUCCAUGGCAACAUCUCCCCCUCCUCGGGUCAACUGGGGUCCGAGUCAACAGGGCAUGUGGACUGCUGCUCAGCUGCCUUCUCAGGUGCCUCCCCCUGGGUGGCCUGCAGCCGUCACUCAACAAGCCACCAGGCAACAGGCCAGUGUUACCAUGGAGGCAGAGAGAUGAGAGUGGGGUCUCAGGUUAACAAGAUACCUAAAAAGGCAGUCUACUUGACAUCGGUAGUAAUGGACUGCUAUGUCAAGCAAACUAUCAAAGUGGACAUGCACUGAAAAGACUGAUGUAAGUGCUUUUUGAAUCCACAAGCAACCAAUUUAUUUAAACCUAUCUCUUUUUAAUUUAUUUGUAUUAGAUCAUGAUAGACCUAUAUUUAGAAUUCCUCUUCAACAAACCGGUUUACAUAUGUCAUCAAUAUUACCAUACCCUUGUCUUUUUAUGUGUCUCAAAUCAAUGGACUAGUCCGUCAAUGGACUGGAUGCCUUUGCUUCUAAGGUUGCACUGCAUGAAUGACAUGAUUUAACCUUUUUGUUUAACCAAAUUUAAGGUAUGAAUCUGUUAUUUUGUAUUUUAAGCUGUACUGUUGUGGUCUCAUUCUAAUUAAUACAGAAAAAUAUGUUUGACUAAAUCAUGAUUAAUAACCAUUAAUUGUUUUAUACAGCAGCUUCAGGUUUUUAGAAAUCAGUCUCACUUUGGUUGAAUAAACGGCAAUAUUUAAUUGAAUAUACAAACAGUACAAAGUGA